AUGGACGUGGACGAUGAUGAGUACGCGGGCGCGCCGCCGCUGCUCGUCGUGGGCGAGCAGCUGCAGCAGCAGGAGGAAGCGGACGACGCGGCGGCGGCGCUGUCGCUGGAGGAUCGAUUCGCGGGCAUCGUCCAGGAGCUGAUGCGCGACGAGGUGGACGUGGCCGAGGCGCUGCUCGCGUUCAAAGAGGUCAGCACGUCCCAAGUGGAGCAGCUCAGGGACCGUGCUUCGUCGCUGCUGCACCGCUCCGCCCACUAUCUCCACGCCCGCCAGCUGGCGGAAGACCUAGAGUCGCAGGGAGCCACCUGGGAGCUGCUGCUGCACCUGUACGCGACAGGCGAGCAGCCCGCCGGCAUGGGCGGCCCCCCGCUGCCCGGCGCCGGCGGGCGGCAGACGUACAGGCAGGCGGUGCGCGGCGCGGUCAACGGCGACGCGUCCCUGGAGCGCGUCGCGCACGUCGUCGCUUGGCUCGAGUCGCUCGCCGCGCAGCGCCUCGCUGCGCGGCCGCCGCUCGGCUUCUCGGCCGCGGACGGCGUGUGGCGGGAGACGCUGCUGCUGUCGCACGCAGGCGGCGGCGGCGGCGGCGGGGGCGGGGGCGAGCUGGACCCGGACGCGCCGUCGCGGGGCGCGACGGCGCUGAGGGGGGAGGACCAGCGGAACGAGGAGCGGCUGGCUGCGCAGCUCUGGCAGCUAAUGCGCGCGGGCAAGCUGCAGCAGGCGCAGGACCUCUGCCGCCGGUGCGGCCAGGACUGGCGCGCGGCGGCGCUGAGCGGCGGCGGGCCGUGGGGGCCGCUGCCCGUCGGCGCGGCGGCGGCGGACGCAGACGAACGCAUGGACGACGAGUGGCAAGCCGAGGACCUGGCCGCGGAGGUCGAGGGCGGCCGCGGCGCCGGCCGCGCCCUGUGGCGCUGGUCCUGCGCCGCCGCUGCUGACGCGGCCGCGUCCGCCGCGCCCGCCAACCGCUGGGAGGCCGCCCUGUUCGGCGCCCUCGCCAGCCACGUGCCGCGCGUGCUGCCGGUGUGCGGCGGCUGGGAGGACGAGGCGUGGGCGUACUGCCGCGCGUGGCUGGACCUGGGCGCCGACGAGAAGGCGGCCGAGGAGGCGGAGGCGGCGCGCGCGAGCUUCGGGGACGCGGACUCGGGGGCGGCGCACGGCGCGGCGGACGCGCUCGCGAUCCCAUCCGACGUGCUGGCGUCCCUGCUCGACGGCGCGGCGUCCUCGGGUUACUCGCGCACGGUCAGCGCGCAGCUGCUGCAGGAGGGAUUGUCCGUGGCCUCUAGCGAGGGCGGCGCGGCGGUCGCCAAGCUGCAGAGGCUGCGCCGCGACGGCGACCGCUCCCUGGUGCCCGCCUCCUUUGACGACCUCCGAGCCCUGCUGGCCGCCAGCCCCAACCCCUCCGUCCGCGCGGCUGCCGGCCAGCAGCAGCGCGCGCUGCAGCUCGACCUAAUGGCGGAGCGCUGGCGCGAUCUGGUCCUCGAGCUCGCCGGCGCCGCCAUGGCAGCGUACCAGCAGCAGCAGCCGCGCCCCGACGCCGCCGCGGCGGCGGCGGCGGAAGGCGGCGGCGCGCUGCUGCGGCGCGCGGGGGACCAGGGCUUUGCGCUGCUGCGGUUUGCGGCGCACCUGGCGCUCGCGCUGCGCGCGCUGGGGCUGGUGCGGGACCCCGGGUUGAUGGAGCUGCAGGCGCGGGCGCAUGGGGUGGAGGGGUUGGAUGAUGAGGAGGAGCAGGAGGCGGCGCGGCUGCAGGAGGUGAGGGGCCCACCCCCUUGGGUAUGA